GUGUUCUGUAUUGUAUUGUAUAAAAAUGUUUAGUCCGACAGACAUAUGCGUGAUUGUACAUCGUGCCAAAAACCUUUUAAUAAAAGGUAAAGGCAGUAAUGAUGCUUAUGCUACAAUGGAAUUUGAGGGUGAAAAAUAUGCUACUAAUGUAGUUGAAAAAUCUAAUUCACCUACGUGGAAUCAAGAAUGUCAAUAUGCACUACCCCAAGGUGGAGUGCUCGAUAAACUGACUGUAACAAUUACAGUUUACAACAAACAACAUGGAAAAUUUGGGUUACAAAAUGAUGAUUUCAUCGGACUCAUCAAAAUUCCUCUCAAAGAUAUAGGCAUAAAUGAUCACAAAGAGAUUAGGAAAUGGUAUAAUCUUGAGCACAAAAAUCCAAAGAAAGAGAAGAAACAGAGGGGAGAAGUCGAAAUUGGAUUAAAAUUCAUAUGUAAAGACAGGUUGAGUCUUCUUCCGGACAAGAAAAGUCCCAAGAAUUUACGACAGAUAACUUCAAAAUUAGGACAAAAAUUACGAAGAAGAUCAGAAGAUGAAGAUUCUGGUGUUGGAAGCGAUAGUUUUUCUAUGAGAAAAGGCCAAUCUAUGGAUAAUCUACACAGAACACCAUCAAGUGCGAGUGACGGAGCUCGAAAUAAGAAACGAUUUUCAAUCGCUGAUGUUAAUCCGGUAGCUUCAGCAAGAGGAUUAGUGAAAUUGUCAAAUCGAAUUGGUCUUGGCGGUAACAAGAAGGCCACAAGUGUAGAAGUUUUAAACAAACCUGAAAUGAGAAAAGUAGCAAGUGCUUCCAGUUUAAAGAGAUCAAGUUCUGGUGGAAGUUCACUUGCUACACUCGGCGUUCGAAAACAGCACGUGAGAAACAGAUCCAUGCCUGAUUCAUCUUUACUUGCUCUAACAGAGCGUGAACGCUCAGCUUCUACGACCAACCCUGUUUGUAUUAAUGGUCCCCAUAUUUAUAUAUCAGGAACUGAUUCUGGUAAUAACAGUUUGACGACGUCUGCCGAAAAUUUGAAUAAAACUGGAUCAUCAGAAAAUAUUGAUUUUGGACAAUAUGAAAACAUGGAUCAAUUACAUGCAUCACACAAUGACAACUUUUCAAAUUCAAAGAGCCUGAAUACAUUGUCAACAAAUACAAUCACAACACCAUCUUCUCUUUCAAUUGUUUAUAAACCUAAAAGUUAUUAUAGGCUUGAUGUGAAGGAAUUAUGUAAGGUUUCACCUAUACCAGAAGAUCCAACAGCUACUUUCCAGCAAAUGAGCAGGGAGGAAUUACUCAAACUUUGUAUCAAACAGCAUAACGUACUUUCAAGCAAAAGUGAACAGAUUCGAGAACUUGAAGACUACAUUGACUCUCUACUCGUUAGAGUGAUGGUAUGCACACCACAAAUUCUGGACCGCUCUUCAAAGAGGUCUGGAAGCCAAAGGUCAACGAAAUUCUAAAAGACGUCAUAUUUUAUACUUUUACUUUUUGUAAAAAAUCAAUUUAUUUUUUCCCAUUUUUACAAAAAUAAUAAAUAGUUAGAUGAUAUAAUACAUGAAUUUAAUAAAAUUAUUGAAAGAUUUGUUACAUCCCUAGUGAGAUCUAUUGUUUAAUAUACCUUUGCCUUUUGAGAUCCAUGCUUGGCCGACUAUAUUUUGAUGAUAUAGAUAUGACUACCGUUAGCAAGUUAAUUUUUUUUUUCCGGACUAAAAUGACUGGCACAAAUUUUUUUGUGAUUUAGCCAUGAUUGGUGUUAUUGACUGCAUUAACUAAUUUUUUUAUUUAUCACACUUGUUUGUGCCAUUUCCUACGCCAUUUCAUUUUUUUCCUAUCAAAAAAUGUUUGCUAUUUAGUACACAAUAUGGGUUCUUAUGAGGAUUUUUUACUUGCCCAAGAACUUUGCCAUGUUUUUUGCACAAUUGAGAGCUCAUUACGAAACUGAUUUUUUGUUGAUGAUAUAUAGAGCUGACUGGUGUGAAUAAAACUGUAUUUUUCCGGGUUUCGAACUUUAUAAGGGUAUCCGCAACAUGAAUGAAGCUGUCGGUAGCAUGCACCGGGGGUGAUAUUUUGUUAUAUUAUUUCUGUAUAUAUCAUUUCAGAAGUGAUAACGGUAUAAAUAUUGGAUUGAAAGUAAUGGAUAAAUGGCUUUCUUUCCUUCUGCCAAUAUAUUUUAUAACCUUAUGGUACAUAUGAUUCCGUCCUACCUAGUUAUUUUCUAUUUUUUCAAUGUUCCUUACCUAUGUCGAAAUUGAUGUUGUUUUAUAUCUUAUGUUAGUUGACAGUGAUUGUUGUUCGAUCGAAUUUUAUGCCAUAAGUUGUGAUUAAGGUAACUUACCCAAAAUUACAUGGCCAUGUUUUUAUUUGCUUUUAUUAUAUGUUGUCUUUUCAAUUUUUCUUUGUCUGUUUUUUUUAUCCUAUUUUUUACUACCUUAUAAAACAUGGUGCACUUUCAGCUAUUUGCUCGACCGUAAACAGCAUGCUCAAAUCGCAUAUUGGCCUCCAGAAAAGACUAUUAUCGAAUAUAUUAUUCAAGGGUGUUGUAACAAUUACUUUUCUGUGAGAUGAUAUGAUGACAAGCCAAGAGCGUUAUAAGCAUCUUUUAUUAUACCUUCUACCAUGAUAUUUUUGUGGGAGUUUUUUGUUAAUAUAAUUCUUAACAAAAUACAAGAUGUUCAAACUUGGA